AUGCCAGAUGAGAUUGAGAAUUUGAAGGCUUCUUUGGUUCUUAUGCAACAAAGAUUAGAUGCUAUUGAGAGUGAAAGAGCUGACCAGCCGGUGGGUAGCACUGAUAGUACCUCAUCGGAUGAUGACUUCCAAACGGCGCCUCGUGGGUUUGUGGAGGCAGAUCGUAGGGGCACUAGGGUGGAUGUAGGAAUGGCCAAAGACGGAAGGGCACCAGUGGGGGUUUUCAAAGAGUUCCUCAUGAUUAAGACUCGGUGUAGGCCUAAACCACUUGUGUGUGUUAUAAAAGACUUCAAUUCACGUCAAUGUGAAGCGGUUAGGGAGAUUGGAUUUGGGGGUGUGCUUGAACUUCAGGUUACAAAUGCACCGUUAAGGUUGGGUUACUGGUUGGUCACCAACUUCCACCUAGAAGAUAUGUCUGUGCACUUGCCAAAUGGUAUGAAGUUACUACUCACUAAGGAUGAUGUAGCAGCAACAUUGGGUCUACCAUGUGGGCCGAUCACUAUUACAGAACGGGAUAGCCAGGUUGUAGGGCCAUAUUUGCGACAAUGGAGGGAUAAGUUAUGUCAACCUGAGGGGGAUGUGACGGUGAAGGCACUAUGCAAUGCGAUGUUGAGGUGCAAAGAUGGAGAUGUGUGGUUCAAGCGACAUUUCAGUGUCGUGGUAGUCAGCACUCUCGUUGCAAGUGAGCAUAAUGGGUAUGUCAACCAGAAGAUAGUCCAUAUGUUGCAUGAUGUUGAUCGGAUAGCUGAUUUAGAUUGGUGUGGGUUUUUGUUGAAAAAAUUGGUCAACUGUCAUGAGGAUUGGUCUCAACGUAAGCGUCUCAGGUUCACAGGACCCAUCAUCUUCUUAACUUUACUGUAUGUUGACAGGUUAGUAAUAGGCAAGCGUGACGUUCAAAGGGUUGUGCCGUCUUUGAAGGGAUGGUCGACGAAGAUGUUAAAGGCAAGGGAAUCCUUGGAGAUUACUUAUGGUGGCUUUGGACUUGGUCGGUUGGAUGCACCACUUUGCCAGGAGAACAACCCUGGUGUGUCUAUUGGUCAACAGCUUAUCGUGGGCAACAGAUCAAAGUCUCUUGUUGACAGGUUGGAGGAGAAAAAAACAAUUCUUCAUUCAGCAGUCCAAGACAUUAUUGAGCUAGUGCAUCAAUCACCAAAACUAGCUCAAGAUUCUGAGUUAUUCCAUUCUGUGUUUGAGAAUGCCCAGAAUUUAAUGGCUUUGAAGCCUGGAGUAGCACAUGAUCCUAGCCUAACGUCUGACCAAUUCGAUGAUGAUUUUUGGGAUAACCUAGAUAAUAUACUAGCGCUAGAGCAAGCUGAACAGGCUGCGCAAAGGGGGAAGUCAUUGAUGGACGCUCCUACUUUUAGCUUAGGGUUAUCGACCAUUGCAAGGGGGUAUGUUACCCCUCCACCACAGGCUACCAUUCGUUUGGGGGGCUCACAUAGUGCAUUGUCGGGGGAAUUAAAGUUGGUACCUUGUGACCGUAAGGGAAAAUCACCGUUGAACACCAGCCCCCAAAUGCUCACGGGUUAUUUGAGCUCUACGCUAGUUGAAGUGUGUACCGUCCUAUGGGAUUGGGUUUUUGACAACUCCCAGGCUGAUUUUGGUGAGGUAUUGUUCUCGUACCAUGGACAGAAUGCACUAUGGCGGGACUUUCGGACUUUGCAACAGGGCACACAUGUUUCUGCUGCAGUCGUUGAUGCAUGGUCUAGUCUGUUGAAUGCACCGGUAGAAAUAAGGAGGUGGGGCACGGUGAUCUCUGCUACUGCUGACCGUGACGAAAGGCUAAACUGGUUCUCGAAACGCCUUAAUGCAGAUCUCCGGUCAUCAAAAUAUGUUGGUUGGAGUUGUAUAGACUUGUUUGUUUUCCCCAUUAUUGACCGUGGACACUAUUAUGUUAUGAUCGUCUGCACAAAGAAUCGAAGGUUUGAUAUUAUAGAUAACUGCUCGUCUCGGUUGUCUAACAAACAGAGAUAUGGGAAAACACCUGAUAAUCUGAUUGACUUGCUUGCCUCGUUCCUAGAGCUCAAUGGCCACCCCUUUCGUGCUGUUUUGGUCCGAAACUUGGAACCCAAGAGGUUGCAGAUGGGUUGGCAGGUCACAUCUAAUAAGCAUGACUCUGGAAUUUAUACAGUGUGUCAUAUGGAGUUGUUCACUGGACAACGGUGUGCUGAAUUGGACUAUGGGUUGGUAAAAGGGGAUACAUGGCAGAUUCUAAAUCUUCGGAAGCGGGUAAAAGGGGAUACAUGGCAGAUUCUAAAUCUUCGGAAGCGAUACAUGCACAACAUUAUUAUGUCAGCAAAAAAUGUGCAGCGAUACAUGCACAACAUUAUUAUGUCAGCAAAAAAUGUGCACAAGGAUGCAAUUUCCACGCUUAUGUCAGCAAAAAAUGUGCACAAGGAUGCAAUUUCCACGCAUGUUGCACAGUAUGGGCGUUUAAGAUCGGGCAAUGCUUCCUAG